AUGUUACCUCGUUCUGAUGUUGUCCGUCAAAUGAAUCGAAGGAGAUUGCCUCGGAAACAGCGUCAGCAUGAAUCUUCCAGUAAAGCCAAUCGACAGCUGGUCAAGCGGAAUCCGUCACUGGUCGUCUUCUGGUGGAACCGACAUUCGAAUCUCUUCACGCAACACUUUCACUCGAACUCCGUCGCUGGUCGUCUUCUGGUGGAACCGACCUUCGAAUCUCUUCACCCAACACUUCCACUCGAAAUGGAAGGCCGUCGUCUUCUGGUGGCACUGACCAUUGAAUCCCUUCACCCAACACUUUCACUCGAAAUUGAAGUAAGCUACCGUCGUCUUCUGGUGGAACCGACCUUCGAAUCUCUUCACCCAACACUUUCACUCGAAGUGGAAGUAAGCUCAAGUCGUCUUCUGGUGGAACCGACCGUCGAAUCGCUUCACUCAACACUUUCACUCGAAAUGGAACGAUUUCUCGGAAAUAGCGUCACCGUGAAUGUUCCAGUAAAGCCAAUCGACAGCUGGUCAAGAGGAAUUCGCCGUCGUCUUCUGGUGGAACCGACAAAUCUUCCAGUAAAGCCAAUCGACAGCUGGUCAAGAGGAAUUCGCCGUCGUCUUCUGGUGGAACCGACCUCCGAAUCUCUUCACCCAACACUUCCACUCGAAAUGGAAGUAAUCCCAACAAUGUUGAUCUUUUGUCUCUCCAAUGCCAGUAAAGCCAAUCGACAGCUGGUCAAGAGGAAUUCGCCGUCGUCUUCUGGUGGAACCGACCUUCGAAUCCUCGCGUCAGCAUGA